AAACACACCGCGCAUCCACCUCUGCGGCUCUGACAGGAUGGAUUUUUCUCCUUAUGACAACACCUUUAAUUUCUGGAACGACUACCUCGGUCUGUCCACACUUGUGGCCAAGAACAAGAUCAACGGGGCUUCCUGCAGCCCCAACUCCAUCACAGAGUCCCUGAAGGCGACGCUGGGUCUGGAGGACGACUCCCCGGUCUGUUCGUGCGUAAUGACGCACGGCCGGGAUGGAGACGGGCACCUGGAGUGCUGCGGAUGCUGCGCGGCUCCUGGCUCUCCACAGAUCUCCAUCUACGACCUGAAGGACCACAUCUCGCUGCUCAGGCCGUAUGAGCACCUGGCUGGGGAUAGAGACUCGCCUCCCUAUGGGGGGAGCUUCUCCGGCCUGGAUCUGCUCUCCAUGGACCGGAGGCGCAAACAGACUCAGAGGAGCAAGCCGGAGCCCAAGGUGUGCGUCUUCUGUCGGAAUAACGGCGCACCUGAGGAGGUGUACGGGACCCACAUCCUGAAGACUGGGGACGGGAGGGUGCUGUGCCCGAUCCUCCGUGCCUACACCUGUCCUCUGUGCAGUGCCAACGGGGACAAUGCCCACACCAUCAAGUACUGCCCACUGUCCAGGGACCAGUCGAGCCAGAGAGCAGCGAAGGGAGGCAGGCCGAUGGGGAAACGACUGAAAAUCUUCUGA